AUGGCGUUCCUACAACAUACAGAUCCUAUACCCCCAGAGAGCAACGCGCCCAAAACAUGCGAUAUCGAAAAGCAACAUGAAGUCCUCUAUCCAAACGAACCCCAAGAAAAGAAAUCAGCAUUCUCAAGUCUCGGUCUCCUCGAUCGAUUCCUCGCACUAUGGAUCUUCCUAGCCAUGGCAAUCGGGAUCAUCCUGGGCAAUUUUGUUCCAAAUACAGGACCGGCCCUCCAAAAAGGGACGUUUGUGGGGGUGUCAAUUCCCAUCGCGGUCGGCCUUCUAAUCAUGAUGUACCCCAUCCUCUGCAAAGUCCGCUUUGAAUCUUUACACCAUGUAUUCCGAACGAAAGAUAUCUGGAUCCAAAUGGCCUUUAGCAUAAUCCUCAACUGGAUCGUUGCACCAUUCCUCAUGCUGGCCUUAGCCUGGGCUUUCCUGCCCGACGAACCAGAAUUACGAGAAGGAUUAAUAGUAGUUGGCCUGGCUCGAUGCAUCGCAAUGGUCCUAGUUUGGACGGGUCUAGCAGGUGGCGACAACGAAUACUGCGCAAUCCUGGUAGCUCUCAACUCAAUUCUCCAAAUGGUCCUCUUCGCUCCAAUGGGUCUAUUCUUCAUAAGUGUGAUAAGCGGCGACCCCGUAACUUUCGAAUACUCUACCGCAGCCAAAAGCGUGGCUGUCUUCCUCGGUAUCCCACUUGGUGCAGCAAUCCUCACGCGCUUCACGCUGCGCCGGAUCUCGGCGACAUGGUAUGAUAAGACAUUUUUGAAGUGGCUUAGUCCGUGGUCUCUGAUUGGACUUUUGUUCACUAUUUUGGUUUUGUUUGCGUCGCAGGGUCGGCAUGUUGUGCAUCAGAUUGUUUCUGUUGUGAGGGUUGCUGCUCCUUUGAUUGUUUAUUUCCUUGUUAUCUUUUUUGCGACGCUUUUUCUUACUUAUCGGCUUGGGUUUGGGUAUCGGCUUUCGACUGUGCAGAGUUUUACGGCUGCGAGUAAUAACUUUGAGUUGGCUAUUGCUGUUGCGGUGGCGGUGUUUGGGGCGGAUAGUAAUCAGGCUCUUGCUGCUACUGUUGGACCCCUUAUCGAGGUGCCGGUUUUGCUGGGAUUGGUUUAUGCUGUUAAGUAUAUUGCGAAGCGAGCUGGGUGGAAGGAUUGA